AUGGUGCGACAAAUCAUUUCCUUACACCUUGGUCAAGCAGGCCUACGCAGCGGUGCUGCUCUAUGGGACUUGCUGCUAGAUGAGCAGGGUCUUAACUAUGAGGGCUUCCUUAGACAGGAUGCUUUUUGUGGGUCUCUUGGCCCCCCUACGUGGGUUCCGCCUCUAAAAGACGCUCACUUAGGUGUCCCCGGGGCCCCAUGGGUCCCGUCGUUGAUCCCAGGGGGACUCGGGGGACUCGGGGCCCCCCUAGGGGCCCCCGAGGCAACCGACAGGGUACCAAACGCUGCAGACACUUUUUUCUCAGAGACAGACACAGGCAAGAGAGUCCCCCGCUGCGUCUUGCUUGACUUAGACUACGAGUGUAGAGACACCCUAUUGCAUAGUUGCUUAGGGGGUCUCUUCUCCCCUCAAUGCUUCGUUACAGGAAAAGAGGAUGGGGUUUUAUGCAUGCGUUCCUUGGGGGGUGGUACUGGUUCUGGUUUUGGUCUUAUCAAGUAA